AUGUGUUCGUCCGCGUCCCGUAGUAGUUCAACACCACCUACGUCUCACCACACGAGCAAUCAGAUGCCUCCACUCCCUCUCAUCCGUUGCCCCGAAUGCAACGCCGGCUACGUCGUCUGGUUUGUCUCCGGUACAGAACUUAACCCAGGGAGGCACUUCUACAAGUGUGAACGGAAUGGGCACGGAGGUUGCAGGUUCUGGAAGUGGGAGAACAAGUACAUACAGUACUUGAGCGAGCGAUGGGGACAUCUGAUCUCGCACGCGAGCGUCCAUCGCCACGUCGCACUGCUCGAGCAGAACCAAGCAUUCCUGAAGAAGAUUUUCAUGUUGUGCCUCGCGAAUUUGGUGGUCAUGGUCACUAUCUCCAUCCACAAGUUAUGA